AGGAAUUGGCAGCUUAAUUAAUUGUUUUCCCUUUCCCGGACUGAGGGGAGAUGAACUGGCCAGUAUUCUACACGGUCCUUGUAGGGGUGAACAAGCACUCGACUGGGAUCGGGCGGAUCUGGCUGUCUGUCCUGUUCAUUUUCAGGAUCAUGGUGUUGGUGGUGGCGGCCGAGAGCGUGUGGGGGGACGAGAAGACGGGCUUCACCUGCAACACCCAACAGCCCGGCUGCAACAGCGUUUGCUACGACCAGUUCUUCCCAAUCUCCCACAUCAGGCUGUGGGCACUCCAGCUGAUCCUGGUGUCCACCCCGGCCCUGCUGGUGGCCAUGCACGUCGCCCACAAGCACCACGUGGAGAAGAAGCUCUUCCGCAUCAAGCAACUGGCCGGGGAGGUGAACGAGAUGGACGUGGAGAAGGUGACCAAGAGGAGGAUGCACAUAACCGGCUCUCUCUGGUGGACGUAUGUCAUCAGCAUCGUCUUCAGGGUGAUCUUGGAAGUCGCCUUCUUGUACAUCUUCUACCUGAUCUACCCGGGUUUCAGGAUGAUCCGCCUGGUCAAGUGCGACGCCUUCCCCUGCCCCAACACGGUGGACUGCUUCGUGUCGAGACCCACCGAGAAGACCAUCUUCACCGCCUUCAUGCUGGCGGUGUCGGGCGUGUGCGUGCUGCUGAACAUUGCCGAGGUGGGCUACUUGGUCACCAAGGCUUGUGUCAGGCAGUGUCAGGACAAAGACAGGAGAUCGAGUAAGGAUGCCUGAAGACUCCUCGCUAGUCCGAGAUUUGAUUCUGCACACACUUCUGGAGCCCCGGGUUUGGAGACGGUAGCUCAGAAUUCCCCACCAGCGACGCCAGGAUCUUCGCACAAACAUUUCUGGGCCCUCGAUUCCCGCCACACCUCCCACCGUGAGCCGCUCCAUGUCUACCUGGUUGCCAUCUGCAAUCUCCCUCAUCAGACACGUUGUGCUUCUCAGAUAGACAUCCAAGAACUUCAUCCAGACCAAGGCUGCAUGAUAAUGUAACACCAAUGACUUCCCCGCCAUUGUCUAACCACCAGACAUUCGCCGGUCCUCGGGUUUACGGCCAAGAGUCUUCACCAGGUUGUCAUCAACGCUCGCCACUUCGCGCUGUGCAGGAAAUCGAAAAUCGAAAAGACUUCACCUUUGGAAUUCCAUAUAACAUGCAUCAUCCCUGAUUGGCGCUGGGAGACCCUUCAUUUUUCUAACCCUUUCUCAUUCAUCAUUUCAUUGUUUGCAUGAAAUCACAACAAACGUGGACCAAGACGAUGCUCCUUCCUACAGAUAGACUAUGUUGAAGGGAACCGGUCUAAAUUUAAGGUCCAAUUCCAUUGCAAGUUGAGGUCCGUUUUGAGGAACAUCUUGGGUCGACAUUCAUUUCGGUGAUCAAACGAAUAGGAAUUAAGGUUCCUCCACCCGUCGAUUUCAUUGAUGUUUAAAUCAAUCAUAAUUCAGUUAAUAACGUUUAAAAUGUUUUAAUUGGUGUCAUUAAAAAUCCAACA